AUGGCUGCAGAAACUGGUAGAAGAGGGCCUAAACCAACUGGAUUGAUUGUUAGGCCACAAGCCGUGAGUGAUAAAUCUUAUGUUGAAAGUGUUGUUGGAUUUAUUCAUGAAGUGGUUCCGCAGGCUAAACAAGGGGAAAAAGAGACAAUUUUAUGGGUUAAAUUUGAAUAUUGUGACAUCAAUGAUUACAGCCUAAUACGUGAAGAAGGUGAACAUAAUGCCAAUCAUCCUCCAAUUUUGAUCGCUUUGGGCUAUACCAAUGGAGUACAGAUAUGGUCUGUUCCGGCUGGAGGUGAAGCGCAAGAAGUACUUUCAUGGAGACAAGGGCCUGUUAAACUUUUAAAAAUUUUAUCAACCCCUGAACCAGCAUUGUCCAUAAAAGAUCGCUUUGCUGCCAAUCGUCCAAUAAUUGCCAUAUGUGAUAGUACUAGUGCUGGUGAGCAAUUCUGCUCUAUAAAUUUUGUAUCUUUAAAGACUGGUGAUAGAGUAGAAUGCCUUAAAUAUCAAACUCAAGUGUCUGAUAUGAAGUGUGCCAAAAGAGUUAUAGCUGUAAUAUUCCAUAGUAGAAUUCAUGUCUAUGAUGCUUGUAGCCUAAAAGAAUUGCUUUUUGUUACUAGUUGUUACACUACACCUGGUCUUUCUGUCAAUCCUGUUGCAUUGGGAACUAGGUGGCUUGCUUUUGCCAAUAAGAAACUGAUAUCAGUUUAUCAAAGUGGUGGUGGAAUGGCAGGAGAUGGUGUCCAUUCAUAUGCAGCCACAAUUAUUCAUGCAGCAAAAACCAUUACAAAAGGUUUGACGAUAUUUGGCGAAACUGUAGCAAACAGUUUCAGUGGGCAAAAACAUAUGAUCAAACCAUCUUCAAUAAAGCAUGAUCCAAAAGACGCUGAUGAUAGUCAACCUGGAAUAGUCACUAUUUUAGAUUUAUUUGCUGUUAAUGGUGAAGUGAACAUAGAUGAAGAUUAUGAAGGUGAAGGCAUCAUUGCGCACUUUCCAGCUCAUGCUAAUGAACCAGUUGCAGCACUGGAGUUUGAUCCUAGCGGAAUGUUGCUUUUCACAUCUUGCCGCUUAGGACAUAGUUUUCAUAUUUUUCGAAUCUUUCCGCAUCCGGCAAGUUCUGCAAUGGGUGCCAUUCACCACCUGUAUACUUUGCAUCGAGGGGAAACUACAGCAAAAGUUCAAGAUAUAGCUUUUUCUUUGGAUAGUCGUUGGAUAUCUGUUAGUACAAUGAGGGGAACAACACACAUUUUCCCCAUAACUCCUUAUGGUGGUCCCAUUAGUGUGCGGACGCAUACAUCCCCAAGAGUAGUGAACAGGCUCAGUCGUUUCCAUAGAAGUGCUGGGUUGGAUGAAAUCCAGCAGUCUGCAUCAACUGGAAGGAACAGUCCUGUACUUUCAGGAAGCCCAAGUUCAUCUUGUAGUAGUUUAUCUCGUCCAUAUGACUCUCAUCCAAGCAUGGCUUACAACUCCAGCUCACUCAGUCGUAUGGGCAAUUCCCGUCUUCCACCAUAUCCUCAUCCUACAACGAUACAACCACUGGCUCAGUUGAGGCAUGGCUUAGCUUUCCCAUUAACCAGUGCUGCCAAACCUAAAAGCCCUUCUGGAAAAGACCGAAUUUACAAGAAGAAUUCUACUGCGUCUGAAAUUGUAUGUGUUUCUUCUGCCUUUGCCCCUGCUCGAGCUUGGCUUGUAGGUAGUCCUAGUUUAACAAGAGACAAGAGAGAUAAACCUCCUAUGGACUCACUUUUCAUCAUUGAUUGGCAUGGAAUUUUAACAGAAUAUGUUUUAGAACCUAAACCUUCAUCUGGAAUGCAGAAAAUGGAUGAUUCGCCAAUAGAACUUGAAGCUACUGCACAUGCUCAAUGGAGUCUUUUAAGGUUACCGGCUUCUUCUCCUGAAAUGGGUCCACCAUUACCAGCUACAAAUCCACUUAUGUUUACUUCUGAUUCCGCUUAUAAUCCAGAACCAAGAAGUCGAAAAUCAAGUGGUACUGGAAUUACACCAAGUGCAGUAAAAUCUACAGAAGUGGAAGAAAGCUGGCUGUCAGAAGUUGAAAUUAUCACUCAUGCCGGACCUCACAGACGCCUCUGGAUGGGCCCUCAGUUUUCCUUUCAAACCUUUCAACAUUCUUCAAAUACGACAGUUUUAUCAUCAAACUCAUCAGCAUUGUUUUCCCAAAGUUCUGAAACUUAUAGUACACCUGCAGCAGAUAUUUUUACAGAAGAGCUCGAAGUUCAAAGUUUAAGACCUGCACGCUCAAAUCCAGUUGCUAUGCCAGGAAGUCAUCAGGCAACGUCUGGAUCUCCUGGAUCACUCUUGUUUAUAGAAGCCAGUUCUGGGAGCUUUGAACAGUUGCCAAAUAUGCUAGAAGUUUGUGGAAGCUGGCCUGAAAACUGCCAGAGUUUGGAUGAAAAUAAAGGAAAAGAGCAGCAGUUGAAAGAUAGUUUAGCUGAUGCAAUGAUUGACUGCAAAUUUGAUUCUUUGCACUGUGAGGGAAACUGUGAAAGCAGAGAUUUUCAAGAAAGUUGUGAAGAAUUGAGCUCAAGUAGUUCUCAUUCUGGUUCUGUUGGCCAUGUUUAUGAAGCUGGUACAUCAUUGCAUAAUUGUAUGGAUCACACCUUGGUCUUUCCAUCAAGUAGAGAAUCACCAGAUUCGUCCUAA